UAGCACUCCCUACCCUUUGCUGCUCUUUUCAUGCAAGCCAAAAAAAAAAGGUCAAUCAUUACUCAUUCAAACUCCAAUAAUGAUCCAUCCAUCCAGCCAGUAGAGAGAACUACUGAGAGCAAAAAGGUUCACCGAAGUGCUCUUCAAGCCAACCAAUAAGAAUUUAGAAGAAAGAAUUAACCAAAAAAAAAAAUUGAAAAGAAAGCAAAUAAAUCCUAUAAUUUGAUAAGAAGAGAUGAAGAUGAAAGGUGCAACAAUUGGAGGGUCUAAGAGAAGGUGUUCAUGGCCAUGCAAGGGAAAUGGAGCUGGGUUCCUUCGGGAAGAAAGAGGUAGGCUUUACAUAAUAAGAAGAUGUAUUGUUAUGCUUCUCUGCUGGCAGGACUAAAAAAAUAAAUAGAUAUGUAUGGAGAAAUCUGAAUAAAAAUCUCUACAGAUCCUGCUGCUACUUGGAAUUUAGCUACUAGUUUUAGAUUUUCUUUUAUCAUGUGUAUAUCAAAUAUAUGGAUAAUCUUUUCUUUCCCUUCCUUAUGCUCCUUGGCUUCUCCUGCUCCUUGGUAUAACAAGUUUCUCUUUGAAAUUAUGGUGAAAAUUUUAUUUUGUUAUAUUUUUAAAACUUGAUUCGGUGCUGAAUCUCUAAGUUUUAUCUUUGAUCCCAAGCUUAUAGUUGUGCUUUUCUUUACUUGAUUUUAUGGUUAGGACAUGUUAUAUUCCAUUCAUCUUCUUAUAAUAGUCACAAAGAUUUGCAUCUUAGCUUCUCGGUUGC